GGGUCAGUCCACUUCCAAGAUGAGACUGUACAUGAUCAUUUUUAUUGCCUGUUUGAGUUACUCUAAAUCCAUAGAAUUGCCCAAUCCAUCAAACAAAUAUCUCAAUGCAUCUCAGCUACCAGUUAUAGGGAAGUAUUUUGGGUCAAAAAAUGGUAAUGCGACCGCAAAUAAUGAGGAACCCGAGAAGCCUCCACCAACUGAGUCUCCACAAGAUGCUUACGAAGAUAUGUUGGAAUCAAAUGAAGAAAUAAAGACAACUAUUGGAAAUGAUUUAUUGAAAAUCAUUUCAGAACCAGAAUCUGACGAACCUAACGAAGCAGUAGAAGAAACAGUGAAUUCAUUAUCUAAUGUGGAAUAUUGGGAACCUGUAACAAGUAAAUUACAGUAUGUAUGGGACAAACUAAAGCAACUCGGCUGCUACACUGCAAAAACUCUGAGGAAAGCCAGGUCUUAUAUAGGAAAAAAAGUAAAACAUUUAAGAGUUUACAUGAAUCAAGGGCAUGAAAUAUUAGAAACAUUACACAAUGCUGUGAAAUCAGCAGGCAAAGCUACAAAAGAUUCUGAUGAACCCACUGUUCAAAAUAUAAAUAAUUUUUUCGCACGGUUGGUCUAUAUACUUAAAAAUUUUAAACAAGUUUUCAAAACCAACCCAAUAGAAAUAGCAAGAGACCGAGAAAGCUUAGCAGAAUAGAAUAAUAGAAAUAAAAAUAUAAUAGGUUGUACUGAAUUCAUUCUUUGGUUAAAAUCUUAAAACUUAGUUAUAAACAAAAAUAAUAAAUAAAUAUCCUCACUUUAGUAUUAUAGUGUUCACUUUAAAAAGAAAUGUAUGUGAUGU